AUACCAGUCAAGGUCCCUCGAGUAUAGUGGUUCCACCACCUAUGGUCCUAAACUUUCAAAUCAACCCUCCGUGAUCCUCCAAGUUUAAAAAAUGACCUGCCAUAGUCUUUCCGUUAGUAUUUUCCGUUUCAGCCGUGAAAUGCGAGGACAAAACUGACUUUUCACAUUUUUCUCACAAUGCGGAGGAGGCGUCUGUGUCAGUGGGGAUGAAGCGUGCGACAACCAGAACUCCGGUGGCAAAAGAAGCAGAAGGAAUGGUUGAGACCAUUCGCCGGCGUGAAUGUAGCCACCUGAAGAAGUAGAAGGAAUGGUCGGGACUUGGGACCGUUCGCCGUUUAAUCCAAUCAUUGUUCUCCACGGGCCGUCGGAUGGCGGCGAAAGAGGUGAAAGAGGAAGGUGGUUUGAGUUGUACUAUGACGAUGAGGCGGGGGCGGGAUUGAGGCCGUUGCCGGCGAGUAUGUCAGAGUUUCUACUCGGGUCGGGUUUCGACCUCAUGUUGGAUCAGUUGACCCAAAUUGAAGCGAACGACAUUGGAUGAAUCGAAAAUCCAUCGGCGUCAAAAGUGGCGAUCAAGUCAAUGCUGAUAUCGAGAUCGCCGAUCAAGUCAAAACCGGUGGUCGCACGAAGAAACGCUCACUUUGCUCAUGAUUCGCUCUGAAAUGGACCUUGCAUUUCGUGAUUCCACCCUCAAAUGCCCUCUCUGGAUGAAGUUUCAAGAAAGUGGUCGGCGAUGAUAAAGCCCAACACCAACAUAGUGCAGAACGCGGUCUCACAGCGGCUUUGGCGCCGCAGCCUCUGUACUGUCGGCGUCAACGUCGACGACUUACUCGUCUGGGAUCGAGAAGUAAGAGGAUUUGUAGAAGAAGUUUCUGGAAGCCAUAGAACGGUGCGAGACGAGAGAAUGACGAUUGCAGAAGAUCUCAAAACAACCCAUCCUCGUGAAAGGUCGAUUAUGCCCUCAUAUUUCACAGCUGAAACGGAAAACACUAACAGAUGGACUAUGGCAGGUCAUUUUUUAAACUUGAAGGAUCACAGAGGGUUGAUUUGAAAGUUUAGGACCAUAGGUGGCGGAAUCACUAUA